AUGGACUUGGAUCACCAUGUAGAUGAUCUUGCUGAUGGGGGUCUCUCGGGAGCUUCUCCUCGACCACAACUACCUCCAUCAACUAAUCGACGUUUCCGUCGGAAAAAGCAGCGCGAUCGCGUGCGUGUCACCCGAGCAUGCGACCGCUGCAAACGACGCAAAGUCAAAUGCGACGGCUACCAGCCGUGUAAUCAGUGCUCGCUGCCGGGCUUGGGUUGCACCUAUGAAGCAACCUAUUCCCGGGGGCACCGAGGCAGCGAUCCCAAGCUGAGAAAUCGAUCAGAUCCGUCGUCGUUGCCUUUGCACUCUCCUACACGCGUACAGAAGGAACAGUCUUUGGCUUCACCAGCAAGACGACCCAUGAAGGCCGGCCCCCCUGGUGACAACGACCAUAGCGACGACCCCAACGACGACUUACCAUACGAGGUUUCGGAAUCGGCCGAGUCUCUCUCCGUGGACAUGGUGGAUGAGUCGAUUCCAAUAGACAUGUCAUCUCAACCUGCCCCAGUCUCGUCAAAAACCUCACCGGAGCCGUCUCAGACUGAUCUUCAAGGACAUUACGUUGGACCAGCAUCUGGCGUCUCCUUUCUCCUCCGUGUGCAGAAGAAGUUGCACCAAACAAUCUCAUUUCCUUCCAAUUGCUCCAUCUUCACCUUUGGCGAUGCACCUCUCCCCCAGCAUGAUCCUUCCUUUUGUUUGUUGAUACCUCGUGACGAAGCCGAGAAAUUGCUGGAAUGCUAUUUCGGUGUUGCUGUUCCGACGCACCGUUUUCUGCAUCGACCUACGGUAGCUUCAUGGCUUGAAGAAUUCUACCAGACGCGUGGGACUAUGCGAAAUCAGGAUGACGCAGCUGGUCGUAGGGCUGUGCUCUUGAUGGUGUUUGCACAGGCGCAAACCCACAUGCCUCAUCCUGAUACACCACCCGACCUGAGGCUGAUGAAGCAAAACAGUGCACGGUGUUUCCUAGCAGCGGACCACCAGCUGUCGGAAGAGACUGGACGGGUCCGGUUAACAAGUGUGCAGGCCCGUCUGGCUCAGUGUUUCUGGCUGCUGUCGCAAUCGCGUAUCAACCACUGCUGGACAUUAUUCGGAACAAUGUCCCAUCUAGCCUAUGCGAUCGGGUUGAACCGCGACCGCAAGGUUGAUUCGGCGUUGGGAAUGAAUCUCGUCGAAGUCGAGUGCCGGCGUCGUACAUUUUGGUGUGCUUACAGCCUUGAUAACUACCUCAGCGCUGCGCUUGGACGGCCAAGAACGUUUCACGAUCACGAUAUUGACCAGGAACUUCCCUCUCCCUACGACGACGAGGAAAUAUUCCCAGAUCGUAUAGUGCAGAGCCACAGUCGGGGGCAGUCAAUUAUGCUUUGUCCUGUAGCCCACGUCAAGUUAUCUCAAAUAGUCAGCACAAUUCUGUGGGAUUUGUACUCCAUCCACCCUGCCACCAAGACCCAACGCGCAGCACUUAUUACAAAAUCUUCCAAGGCAUUAAAAGAGUGGCGUGCUGGAUUGGCUCAUUUCCUGGAUGAUCAGAAUGUUAAUGCUGCACUCCUGAUUCCCAUCUAUCAACGCCAGCGCAAUGUACUCAACUUGGCCUAUUGGCAUGCCGUGAUCUUGACUCAUCGGCCGGUUUUGCUGAGGAACUUCCCCCACCUCCAGGAGCCUCGAAAUGCGAAUCGAAGCCAUUCAAGCAUCCGGGAAUGCCUUGCAGCGGCCAUGAGCAUCGUUAAAACGGUGGAUGCAUUGGUAGGGGCAGGGCAGAUGCUCAAGGCGUACUGGUUUACUAUUUAUUUUGCUUUCUCGGCCGUGGUCAUACUUUAUGUCUAUGUGUUUCAGCAAAAACUGUCCCCUGCGGCUUCAUAUGAGGAGUACCUGGAAGCUGCAAUCAGAUGUCACGAUAACAUUGCUCGGGUUGCCGAGAACAAUACCCUAACACAACGUUACUCGCUUGUGCUUGAUCAGCUCCGUAUUGAAGUGCUCAGUCGGAUCAGAGGGCAAUCGGGCUCUAAUGCUGCAUCAGCCUCGAUGCCCGAGGCUCCGUUGACAGCGCUAUCACAAGCACUAUCUCAAUCUUCGACCGCCCUCGGAGAAUCCGAACCAACGACAAUCCCAGAUGCAUUAUCAGCCUUUUCCAGCAAUGGCUUUGCCGAGGAUCUUGCCGAUUCGAAUGCGAGCUCGGCCAGUCCCCUGGGAAACGAGAUUGACUGGAACCAGUUUGAUUCUAUGGUAUGA